AUGGGAGUGUUGCAGGGUGAAACUUUGAGCCCCAUCUUGUUCAUACUUUAUAUCUCGGACUCUCUUAAAAGAAAAUACUGCGAAUUAAACGAACUGAUAGUUAAUACCUCCAAAACUAAGUUACUCAAAGUCUUUGCCAGUGGAAGAAGUAGAAAAGACUCAGACAAGUUUCAUUAUAAAGGUGACCAGGUUGAGUCUGUGAACUCUUUCAUAUAUCUAGGGGUAUAUUUUACGACCUCUCUACAAGGUGAUGCUGCAACCAAUUCGGCUCUGACCAAAAGCAAACUGGCAGCCGGAACAGUAAUAAAUAUCCUUUCUAAACUGAAAGCCAACUCAUGGAAAGGUAAAAUUCAAGUUUACAAUAGCUUAUCAAAAAGUAUCAUACUGUAUCUUUCUCAUCUAUGGUGCCUUAUGCCCAAAAACCUUGACAGACAUGAAGCUGCCCAAAUGUAUUUCUUCAAGAAAUUGCUCCAGUUCCCCAAGUGUACUUCAGGCUAG